AUGUCGGCUGCUUUGGCGUGCGAGGUGAACCUCGACUUGUGUCAUUUCGAUAUUGAGCAAGCUUUUGUGCGUUCGGAGUUGGAGGAAGACGUGUACAUGCGUUUGCCGCAGGCAUGUGGAGCUCUAUCUGGAAUGAUUGUAAAACUAGGCAAGAGUCUGUAUGGCUUGAGACAGGCAUCUAGGCAGUGGCAUGCAAUGCUGAAGAGGUGUUUGGUAGAGUUAGGUUCUGAGCAGUACAUGGCCGAUGCUUGUGUGUUUCGCUUGAUUGAAAAUGGAUGUGUUGUUUUGAUUUUGGUAGUACAUGUAGAUGACAUUUUUACUGUGAGAGAGAGGGAGAGAUAUGACAAGUUUGGUACCGACCUUAGCAAGUCCGUGCCAGUGAAGAACCUGGGAGAGUUGAGAUGGUAUUCUGGGUGCUUUUACGAGAGGAACAAGGAGACCGAAUAUGAAGUAGUGGGAGGUACGGUAGAGGGAUUCAGCUUGCGGGGGUACGCUGAUGCGGACUUUGCAAGCAAGGCAGCAGACCUCGGUAUCANCAUAUUUGAGACUAUGCGAGGAGGGCGAGUCACUUUGGGGAAAGCUGAUGCGGACUUUGCAAGCAAGGCAGCAGACCGUAGGUCGGUAUCAGGGGGGAUCGUGACGUGUGGAGGAGGCGCCGUGUCUUGGUUUUCCAGAAGGCAGAAGUGUGUCACGCUUUCGACCACCACCGAAGCAGAGUACGUCGUCCUAGGUGACGUAGUGAAGAAGAUUUUGUUUUUGAGGCAGAUUUGGCGUUUCAUGUUGCCGCAGGUCGGCAUGCCGUGCAUCCCCAUCUUCGAGGACAACCAGGGGGCGAUUCAACUAGCGCAGAACCCCAUCUCAAACUCGAACUCGAAGCACACAGAUGUAAGGCACCAUUUUCUCAGGGAACUGGUAGAGCGGAAGGAAAUGUCGGUCAUCCACGUACCGUCGCCGUACCAGCGUGCAGACUUUCUUACGAAGAGUUUGUCGAAGGAUGCUUUCGAGUCUCACCGUGAUUUUGUGAUGAAUUUGGCAUGA